AGACUGGAAAUAGGUCAUUACAGAGUGUUCUUGUAAACUUGCCCGGUACAGAUUUUCACAGCCUACAAAUACCAACUAUCUCACAAUAGUAUGUGUGACCCUUAAGCAAAGCUCAUUUGCUUGUAAUACUAUAUGUCCCUGCAGGAGAGCUGACACCCCUUAUCCCAUUUCUCCUGUUUGGGGGUCUGUGAAUCCAUGUUGAAUUGUCGGUGUUGUUCACAGAUAACUACAACAGCUUGGUCAGUGUGACAGUUGGGUAAACUAUCUCACAGUGGAGCACCUUCUUUUCCUUUAAUAGGCAUAAUUCUGUCUUCCUCCUUGGACCACUUCCCUAUCUCUCAUUUAGUUUCUCACCCACACUCAUUUUCUUCUUCUCUCUCUCUCUCUCUCUCUCUCUCUCUCUCUCUCUCUUACUGUAUUAUUGGCUGCUCUUACUAUUGCUACAUUCACUUAGUCCAGAUAGUGCAGUACCAUUCAGUUCAUUGUUUUUUCAACCAGCUGUAGGUUAGCACCCCUGUCUUCAUGGGUCUUGCUGUAUCCAGAGUUUGCACUCCUCUUAAAAUCCAAACUGCAAACUUAACGGAGAAAAGGUCCUCAUGCUCCUUUUUAGUGCCUCUUUUUUCUUUUGGUAUGGGAAACUGCUUACACUGGCCUCUGAGAACGAUGCUCCAGGAUGCUGAGAGGAGAUUCAGAGGGGUGCUGUCCUGUGAGGAGAUGGGCCAGACAGGGUAUCUUGGGCCUUAUCAGGAGUCCAUUGUUUCCAUGACACAAAACUGCGUACUCAUGAGCAACAUACGGUUGCAAACCUGUGUCUUCCUGAGUAAAGGCAUGGCCACGUGCAGGCAGGCUGACAGAGAGCUGCGGCCAGAGGAAAUGGAUGAGUUGCGGGAUGCUUUCAAAGAGUUUGACAAGAACAAGGACGGUUUCAUCAGCUGUAAAGACCUAGGGAACUGUAUGAGAACCAUGGGAUACAUGCCCACUGAAAUGGAGCUGAUUGAACUGAGUCAACAGAUAAACAUGAACUUGGGAGGUCAUGUUGAUUUUGAGGACUUUGUAGAGCUGAUGGGCCCAAAACUCCUCGCCGAAACUGCAGACAUGAUUGGAAUAAAAGAGUUAAAAGACGCAUUUAGAGAGUUUGACACUAAUGGUGAUGGGUCCAUAAGCACAUCUGAGCUCCGAGAUGCAAUGAGGAAGUUGUUGGGCCAACAGGUGGGUUUAAAUGAAGUAGAAGAUAUCCUGAGGGAUGUUGACCUGAAUGGUGACGGGCUUGUUGACUUCGAAGAGUUUGUACGAAUGAUGUCUCGCUAAGAUCAUAAAAUGAUCGGUCCUGAAUGUGAAGCUGUGUCCUUCUCUAUACUUGACCAAGUACACCAGAGGACAUGCUACGAUCUCUGAGCCAUCCUAAUCUGAAUGACACUGGAAUUAAAACUCCUUGAAUGUUACGGAGCGAGGAGUCACCUCACACUUUCAAUCAAUAAGUGUUCUUCCUGAAGAGUCUCAAGUUCAACUGAGGCAAAAUUUGCUGUAGCCUAGCCUAUGAUUGUCCAACUUGUGUUUUUGCACUUCAAUUCUCACUAAAUAACUUCCUGUGUCGAUAGAUUGCUGGUGUCUUGUCUCGUCUUCUACGUGGUAAAAAAAAAGAAAUCCCUCAUUGAUGUACAACAAAAUCAGGAUGUAAAAGAUCACGGCACUGUUGAACAUUUUAGUACGUUUUCACGCAGUAUGUGUUAUAUUAGAGAUAGUGGAGUGGAAUGUCUUUUGUGUGACAUUGGUGCUCCAACCAGGAACCCAUGUGGCAAUAUAACACCUGUAUUGUAACUGUGUGACCAUCUGUGGUUUUUCACUGUGCCAGUCGAGUCCUAGCCUAUAAAAGCAUCACUGUAUGACAGCUACAUGCAACGAAGAAGCAGAUCUCUGAUAUUAAUGACAAUAAUGAGAAACAGAACUCAGAAUACGUCAUUGUUUUUCGCUACAGUCUUAGAUCAAGAGCAGUUGAAACACUAUUUUCAAAGAUGCACAGCUCUGGUUUGCAGCAUCAUAAGUCUUUUAAUGCUCACAUGUUUGAAUUCCUAAAGUCUUUCAUCUAGCUUUGGGAACAAGUAAUGUCUGUUUUUAAAAGUGCAUAUUGCCCUGUCUGCAAUCAUACAGUAGGAAUGACAUAUGUGAACUGUGUUUACAGUGGAUGUGAUUAUGUUGUACCUUUAACUGUAUGUCAGUGUCAAUAUGAUUGUAAUUGUGGUAACGUUCCACACAUCUGUGUUGUCAAAACAAUUUUUAUGCAUGCCAAAGAGAGAAAUUUAUUACAUUCAGUAUGCACAUUUGCAUUUUUGUCUAACAAAGUAAACAAAAUAUUUCGCCAAGUUAACUAUAGAAAAAUAAAAAAAAGGUGUUUACAUUUGA